AUGGAGGAAGAGGACGGUACGCCGGAAAAGGAUUGUCCAAUGAAAACCACUAGCGCCAGACACCAGGACAGCGCUGGGGCAGAAGGAAAGAUGGAGAAUUUCACGGCGCUGUUCGGAGCUCAGGCUGACCCACCCCCGCCCCCAACCGCACUCGGCUUCGGACCAGGAAAACCUCCACCCCCGCCUCCUCCUCCUCCAGGCGGGGGGCCCGGCACGGCUCCGCCCCCCACCGCGGCCACGGCCCCGCCCGGUGCUGACAAGUCGGCAGCUGGUUGCGGUCCCUUCUACCUAAUGCGGGAACUGCCAGGCAGCACGGAGCUGACAGGCAGCACCAACCUGAUCACACACUACAACCUGGAACAUGCCUAUAAUAAAUUCUGUGGGAAGAAAGUGAAGGAGAAGCUGAGUAACUUCCUGCCUGACCUACCCGGAAUGAUUGAUCUGCCAGGUUCCCAUGAUAACAGCAGCCUCCGCUCCCUCAUUGAGAAGCCCCCUAUUCUUGGUGGCUCUUUUAAUCCUAUCACAGGGACCAUGCUGGCUGGAUUCCGCCUCCACACUGGCCCGUUGCCAGAGCAAUGUCGUCUGAUGCAUAUUCAGCCUCCCAAGAAAAAGAAUAAGCACAAGCACAAACAGAGCCGUACCCAGGAUCCUGUCCCCCCAGAAACGCCAUCUGAUUCAGAUCACAAGAAAAAGAAAAAGAAAAAAGAAGAGGAUCCUGAACGGAAAAGGAAGAAGAAAGAGAAGAAGAAAAAGAAGAACCGACACAGUCCAGACCACCCAGGUAUUGCCAGUUCUCAGGCCAGCAGCAGCAGCAGCCUCCGCUAACAGGACAACUGGACUCUGCCAGAAUGACUUUUCCUGCUGUACUGAACCUGCUGUCAAAAGCUGCCUUCCUGGCUCUUGGACACUGCCUUAGGAGCAUCUACAGUGGCUGGAUCAGAAGCAGUCCUACUGUGCUCAUAAGAGGAAUGCAUUAUGAGAGAGAAGGGCCAUGCUUUUGUAAGGCUCAGUCCAGCUUUCUCAUGGACAUCUCUUCCUCUCCCAAGGAAGCUUUCUUUUCAUCUCUUUUGUGCAGUUGUCUGAUUUAGGACCUUAUCUGAUUUGUUAGGGUUUUUCUUUAAAAAAAAAAAAAAAAAAAAAGAAAUUGCAUUUAUCAAACUGGCUGAAGUAUGACUGCCUAUUAAGAGGUAAGUGCCUUUCUGUGAGAGUCAGAGUUUAAGCCACAGCAUGCUAAGAUCUGGGGGGAUUUGGGCCUUGUAUUAUAUUAUCAGUAGGCAGGGAACCAACCAAAAUGAAAUUGGGAAACAUGGUCCAAAAGUUAGGAAGAGUUUGUUAAUACCUUUCCACAGACAAAUAACACCUUGCCCAUAGUGUUCAUACUCCAUCUGAAGAGCUGAUCCAGUUAGGGCUUGACUGUAUUCUAGGUCAAUUUUGUGUUGAAACAGAAUAGCCAACCAAAAAAGCACCUACAAUCAAUCACCACUGUACUUCAACAAGUUGAUUCUUGGUCAAGCCCAUGAUUUUUUUGAAGUGAAUAUCUGGCAAGCAAAGGUAAAUGCUUCUCUUAUCUUUAUAUUAGUAGUAAGAACUUUGGAACUGCCUCAUUCCUUAGUUAAGACAAAGUAUUUGGCUGAUGUGAAAACAUUUCUAAGCUUCUAAGACAGCAACAAAAGGCAGCUAAACUAACAAAAUGUAAAGUUAAGUCCCUUUGGUCUUUGCAGGCCAAAUAACUGAAAAAAAUCUGAGAAAACCCAGCCUAAUGUAAUCAGACUAGAAGUUAAACUGGCAGAACAGUUAAAAUCUAUUGCUACCAGCCCUCUAGAUUGUAGAGGGAAAACCACUCAUUCAUUUAGCUCUAAUUUUACAGUAGGAUUUCAGAGUUCAUAUACUUGUUAUAAACAGUGAAAAUAAAGGGUUCUAGCCAGUUUCCUGAGAUUAAGUGUCCAAGGGUGCCUAUUAAAAAUUAGGGCACAGCCUUUUGCUUUUGCAAAUAGAAGACAAAAACAGGAAAUAUCAAAUUGAACUGCCACCCAUAUAUACAGUUGGCCUUUAAGAGGGCUUUCAUAUUUUGAUCAUUCAGUCUUCCCUUUGGCUACAUCCAAAAUGAACUUUACUUUUCAGAGACAAUUCUGUAUUAAGAAACAAGUGUGGCACAAGUCAAGAGUUCUCUAAGCUUCGAAAUGACAGACUUUAGUAGUUGCAAAUGAUUUCCCAUCCCCAGGAAUUUUGGGGAUUAAAUCACUGGGUAAAAAACACCAGGACCUGUUGUCUUAAGUGGUUAUUUUCACUACAGUCCUAUCUAAAGAUGGGUCAGGACCAGAGAAACUUCUGAGGCUUUCUUUAUGACUCUCCACCAGAGACCAUUCACCCUGCCUUAACCAGACAAAAUAACACAAGUCAGGGGGGAGCUGGUUAGAUCAGGAUUUCUUUUUAUUCCUUGUUGGUUUAAAAUGACUAAUCAGAAUAAAAAAUAAAAUGGCCUCUAUCUAGAGGCUGGGGUCUCCCCUGUUUAGAGGUUAGAACCCAGGUAUCUCCUCUACCCAGCACCAUACCAAGGUGGGCUGAGGGGUACCUCUCAAGGGACAAUUGGAGGGGCUUAGGCCUGCCACUCCUCCUCUCUAUCCCAUUUUUGGCAUGUGAUGAAAAAUAUUGCUUUUUGGAUUCUUCUCUCCUAGCCUUGGAUUUAAAAAUGUUAACUGUGUGUGAAAUGGGGGAAGGAUUUGAGGGGCUAGUUGAAGAAGCCCACCCUAAUCCUUCCAUCCCAAAAAGGGGUUUAUCCAGUUGUUUCAGGAGCUUGGCCAAGCUCUUUUCCUGAUCUCUCCUCCACCAAAAACAUCAUGGGGCUGUGACCCCUUUCCUGGGAAAACUAAGUGCCAAUGAGCCCUGAAAACUUUACUCUCUCCUCUGACCAAGACUUCAGACUCGCCUCUCUCCAGUUCCUUUCCUGAUCACUAAGCACCGACAACAUGGGGUGCUAUUUUCUUAAUUGGUAAUGGACAAAAGAGAGAACCCUGGGGCAAAGGAAGACUUCUAUUCACAUCUUUCCUCUUCUCCUGCUGGUCCCAGGAAUGGGAAGAGUAAGAUCCCCCUCUUAAACAUCCCUCCCUCAUUUUCCCAUCCCAGGAUAGAUAUAUAAUUUCUUUGAUAUUUAUAAUAUAUAUAUGUAUAUAUAUGUACACACACACACCUGGUAACGCAGAAGAGGAAAAAAAUAGAAUCCGUAACAAUAAUAAAAAAAAUUAUUUCUGGUUUAAAAAUGAUCUGGUUCUCUCCAGGGCGAGCAAUUGCACAAAUGUCCACUGAGUCUGGUCCAGGGGUUGAGGAAGGGAAGGUCUUAAUAGGUAAAGGGGGUUGCUGCCCCAGUCUCAGGGCCCCAACUCUCGACUCCCCAACCCCAUUGCAUUUUAUAAACGCUCCUCAUCCUCUUGGAAUCGGUGGUUUAAAAAAAUGUCCAUGCAGGGGAGGAGAGCCCCUUGAGGAAAGGAAGGUGGCCACCUGGGGGGCCCUUUGGUGCAGGCGCAGAGGUGUGGGGGAGGGGAGGUGCCGAAGGCUCACACCGAAAUCUCAUAGGUGGUGCCACCUACUCCUGACACUUUCUUGACUCCUCCCCUUGUAGGGCUACUGAGAGGUGGCUGGCCUGGGCCAGGGGAAGCUGAGCCUAUACUCUUGGGCUGCCCAUUGGACUUGCUGUAGGCGGUCUUGAGCUGUACUUCAUCUCUGGGAAGGAAAGAGAGAAAGAGGUGUCAGGAACUGGGACACAAAACACAGAAAGGGGAGACAGUUUUAAAAGUUCGGGGGG